GAGUGGUACAGAGUCACAAAUAAGCCAUUCCCCACUCCUGCAGCAUCCUACUGACCGCAUAGUCCCAAAGAGCAAAGAAUAUGCCCAAAGAGCGGGGAAGGUGGGCUCGCAGGAUGCAUGCUCUUUUACUCACUCGGUCAAGAGGUUGGCUGCUGCGUCAGAGGCCAGUUUCCUGCUCUCAACAGAAAGUGAAAGCAAGCUGUGAGUAAGGAGUGGGGAGGGGUAGGGAAGUUUUACAGCUGCUGGAAAAAUACCUACAGAUCUUCACUGGGAGCAGCGGGCAGCCCGACUUUCCUAGCCGCACUGUCCCUUUCGCCCCAGGAAGACAGGGAGGGCAGGAACCCCGGGGACCUGGCUGCUGCCUGGAUGUAUAACAUUGUCACCCAGCUCAGGCUCAACUGCUCAUCCCUGAAGAAGCCAGUACUGAGAGAUAAGUCUUGGGCAGAAGAAAAGUAGCUUUAUGUUAAGCAAGCCGGCGGGCAGGGGAGAAGGUGGAUCACUGUGCAAAAGAACCAACUUCCAACACCGCAAGGCUCAGCUGGAAUUUAUACAAGGAAGAAAACUGAAACGGCCGCAGACUGUGUGCCAGGGGUGCACUGUGCUUCUAUUUUGGGAGACUUUACAUUAACCCCAGGGCCGCCUUGCUGGAUGAGAAGGUGAGUGUGGUCCUUACUUUGUUCAGAUCAGCACAUCAGUUCUAGGGGUCAGUGGUCGUAUAUUUUCUUGAGAAAAAAAACGGAGACACAAACAGAGCUUAACCGGCAAACCAAAUCUGAACUCAGAACGUCAAAUCCGGAGCUGUGUUUAAACUGUUUACAAGCCUUUGGUUGAAGAACAAGCAAGGUUACAACAGCGGCGACGUUGACCACCGGACCGUCACCAUCACCAUGAGCUGGUCCUCAGGCCUGGCCUCCAAGCCCAUCAUGGGUUUUUUCCUCCGCGUGGGGCAGCUGCUCUCCACCUGCGUGUCCUUCUCGCUGGGGGCCAGCCUGGGCAUUUGGAAGGAGGGCAUGGGUGUGCUCAGGAGGCUGGAGAACCAUCUGGCCUGGGUCAUCUUCGCCUUCAUCAGCAACACUGACCUGUACCAGCACCAGCCGGCCCUGGUGUGGUGUGUGGCCGUGUACGCCAUCUGCUUCGUCCUGGGGGCCGUGAACUUCCUCGUGAAUGGGUGUGACUGUGACAACGACAAAACGCUGCUCCUCCCCGCCCCCCGUUUGCUGUGGGUGCAGACUGUGCUCUCCGUCCUCCUCUACGCGACCGCAGUGAUCCUCUGGCCCCUCUACCAGUUCCAUGAGAAGCUGGGGGGGCAGCCCCAGCGGUCCAGCGAUAUGAGCUGCAGUGAUCAACUCACUACCUUUUUCUGCAUCUGGGACGAGCGACUGGUUGUGGCCAUCCUGACAGCCAUCAACCUGCUGGUUUAUGUGGCUGACAUGAUGUACUUGAUCCUAGAGGCUUUUGUAUGGACUGAGGCUCAGCGCAGGGACUCUGGAUUUUUUUUUUCACCUGCAGUUUCUUCAUCAACUUCUGAUGUCCCUUGAUGCCCUCUUUUAGACUCAGAUACCUGGUGUUGGUGGGGGAGGGGAGUUGAGGGGAAAGUGGAUGGAGCCACAGGUAGAAGGGAGAUUUUUCGGAAUAUGGCCUUUUUGAGCAUUUUGAUUUUGAAACAUGUAAGCAAAUUGCUUUUUUAAGAAAACAAAAUUAAUGUUUGAAAAAUAUACCAAGUGGAAAGGAAGGAUCAGGGGCGGGAUCAUUGGCCAGAUGGUCUCCAUAUUCCCUGCAGCCUUGAUGGACAAGCUGGGGAAGAGCUGAGAGAUGCCCCGACAGGCUGUCUCCAAAAGCAGAGGGAAGGGAGGCGCCUUGGGUCCAGGGAUCUGGAUACAAGACAGGCUGCGAUCUUGGACCCUUUGCUGCAACCCUUGCUUGCACCUGGACAGCACCAAAUCAAUUUCUAUUGAUUAAGGAGGCCAAGAACCCUGGUCUAUAACAUGGGGAGAAGGAGCUGUGGCCCCCAAGCCCACUUGUUGAGUGGCCAGGGCCAACUCCAGCCCUUUAGUACACACAAUUGAUGGAGAAGACCCCGGGUGCCCAGGCAUCAGGCCCUUCUCUUGCUCCCUGCCUGGCCUGGCCUCCCUGCCUCCCAGAGCAGCAGCCAAAGACUGCUUCCUCAGCCAGCCAGCCAGAGCCUCCUGGCUGACACCAGGCUCAGACUGUGGCCGGAGCCUGGUGUAGAACAGAGCCCGGGUCCAUUCUCUGACCCUGGAGCAGCUUCUUGGAAGGAUCACAGAGUCAGCCUUCCUCUAUCCACCUUUGAGUGGAGAAAAGAGGGUCUCUUCUCUCCUGCAGCCUCAGGCACCUGACUAUCUGUCUUGGGGGCCAGUGUAGGUGGUCCAUCCAUGUGGCCCUUGUCUGUAUGGCUGACUCCUAUCCCAGGGUCCCUGCAGGGAGGCUGGUGGGCUGGGGGAAGGGCAAGGAGGCACCAAUCAGACCCUGCCUAGCAUCUUGACCCUCUCAGGAUAUUUCUGGCAAGCUUGCCAACAGCAGAAGGGGGUGCUCUUGUAGGACCUCUGGGUGGGGCUUCCUCCACUGAGAGCUGGCUGUGCAGCAGGCAGGGAGCCCACGCUUUGAGAAGCUCAGCCCGAGGGCCAGACGACUGUGCUGUGUAGCCACGGAUGAGCCACUGGCCUAAGGGCUGAGCACCUCCAGGGGACUCCGGUCACUGGUCCAGCCUCACCCCUGCCAUCUCCCUUGGCUACCUGUUCAUGCAGAGAGAGGGCACAGCCCUGAAGGAUAUGUCCUAACAGCCCACCUCAUGCAUGAGGGGCUCCAGGUGAGGUUAAGAACUCAGGGAAUUCAAAUCCAAGUUCAUAUGACAUCAAACUACUGUGCUUUUCACUCAACUUUACAGUGGCCAUACCUGCCAUUUGUACCACUGACCUUUGGGAACCUGGUCUGGGAGAGCAGGGAGCUGUAGCCUGACCUCUCAGGAUUCUCUCCUGUCCAGGCUCUAGGGUUUAGGGUCAUGGCUUCUACUGUUAACUAUUUUCAUGAACCUCGGAAGCUGCUGGGUGUGGCUGCCUGUCUGAUUAUGACUGGCCACCAGGGAGAGUGCUUGGACUAUCUCUCCUCCAGGCUGACUUCCAGGCAGAACCAGCCUGAUGGAUACUCUGGCAGGAAAUGUGAGGGGCUAGGUCUUUGACAUGGUUAGGGGGCGGCUCCAGAGACCUCUCCAGUAUUCUUGGGCUUCCCUAGUGGCUCAGAUGAUAAAGAAUCUGCCUGCAAUGCAGGAGAACUGGAUUUGAUCCCUGGGUUGGGAAGAUCCCUUGGAGGAGGGCAUGGCAACCCUCUCCACUAUUCUGGCCUGGAGAAUCCCAUGGACAGAGGAGCCUGGUGGGCUGCAGUCCAUGGGAUCGCAAAGAGCUGAACAUGACUGAAGCAACUUGACUCACUUUCCAGGGACCCUCUAGAUGCCCUCACUCAGCCACUGAGCUGAGACUGGGAGGGGGCUGAGGCAGCGGUGCAGCCUGGCCUGGAAGGUGACCCCCAGGCUCCUUGACUCCCGGCCCAAGUUCCUUCCAGAGGGUCAGGCUUCCUAGAAAGAAGAGGAGCCAGGAUUCCCAGAGGAAAAGCUUUCCUAAAGGAAAUCUCUGACCUGACGUUCUGCUCCUGGCUCUGGGGUUUGCAUGCCCCAGGGCAGGGAAAACCUGAGGAGGCCGCCCCCACUUCCUAGGUGGCCCCAAGGUGAGGGUCAAGACCCCAGAGGACAGUGUGUGCUGUGGCCCCACCCCUACCCUAGGCCCCUGCUUCCUGCACAGUCAGCUCUCAGUGGAGUCACGGGGAAGGAGAGGCUGAUGCUCUAGAGAGACCCCAGCUUCAGUCAGCCCUCCUGACUCUGUGUCUCCCUCUGUGAGAUGAGGCUCUCCUCCAUCAAAGUGCUGAGAAGGGGACUGAGAUCCCAUAGACAGCGUGCCCAGCCCUGGGCUAGGGUAGGUGGGGACCCACAAAUAGCACCGUCACCACGAUCUUAAUAAAGGAAGAGCUGCCUCUUCGGCUCAGCAUCUCCUCUCCCUUUCCCUCCCUCCUCCUGCUCCUCCUCAUCAUCUGAGGGUCUCAGGUCCUCAGGACUUGGAGCCAAAUCACAUCUUCUCUGUGUGCCAUGAUCUGUGUGUGUUCUCAUCUAGUCUGGUGGCUUUAAGACUCCACUCAAUAGACAAAUAUCCUUGUGCACUGAGUGUGUGCCAGGCACUGUUCUAGGUCUGGACAGAGAGCAGAGAACCAAGAACUCUGUCCUCAUAGAGCUGACACUCUAGUACAGAAGAUGGACCAUGUGCAACCAGUAUACAGUAUCAGGUCAGUGGAUGAUAAAUGCCAUGAUGAAGGAAAAACUGGUGAGAAGAGUUAUUGGAGUGUGUGGGUAUGAGUGGCCAGGCUGCUCUUUUAGGUGAGUGGGCAUGGUAGGCAUUUAUGAAGAUAUUGAAUAAAGUGAAUAGGCUGUAUGAUGAAAACUCUGGAA